AUUUAAGGUGUCCUGCUGGGGAGAGAUUGAUCUCAACCCGGUCAACUUCGUCGGGGGCCCUGUGUGCGUGUGCGUGUGCACAAGUCCUUGUUGGCCCUGCAGCUCUUUCACCGGGUUUGCCGCCGUUUGCCUGUGGAUCUACCGUGUACUCGCUUGCGCUUGCAUGAGCAACUGUGCUUCCGGCGAAUACAUACCUGUCGGCUUGAUUUCCUCGACUUACGGCUCAUCAUGCUAUGCUAGGCGGUUAUCCUGUAGCUUGAUUGCCAUCGUUGGCCUUGGCAUCCAGUCCUGUUUGCUCUGAAGUUCCGCCCUGCAUUCCUCUGGUUCCACCGAUCCGACGAACCAAUUCUCACCCGCGCCUCAUCUUCGCGUCUUGCCCUUGAACCUGGCAAUGACUGAGAGACAAGAUGAGGAUGACGAUGACAUCUCCGUCACUUCGACUGUGCCCAGCCCGCAAGACUCCGAGUAUGAGGUGGAGGCUAUCCUAGCCGAGUUUCAAUUCCCAGAUUCGUUGAGGUAUCUGGUCAAAUGGGCUAACUACCCGGAAUGGAGAAAUUCUUGGGAGCCCGCGGAAGCCUUCUCGACGGAUGAGACCCUUGCCGAGUGGGAGCAAAGGAAACGAGAGAUUGCCCAAGGGAAGCGCGAAAAGUAUGACGUAGCCAAAUGGGAGCAGAUGAUGAUCAACGUCGAAGACGAGAAGGACGAGAGACAACGCAGAAGAAAAGCCAAAAGAACAAGACUCGGCUUAUUGGCCGACGACGGAACAUCGCAGACCUCAAGUGAUGGAAGCAAACUUCCAACUUCUCGGGACAGCUCCCGGGUGAGUGCAAGUAAAGGGACUGCGCAGACAACGCCCUCGGAUCCCACGCCCGGCUCUCAGCCGUUACUCCUGGGAAAGCCGGUCCUGACAACUAACCGCAUUAUAUCGAAACCGCCCCUGGUAAUGUUUGGAAGUGGUCCAAAGCCGGCGCCAGCUGUACCGCGUGCUACGAAGACGGCCCACGAUUCGGACAAUAAGUGGUUUUCGAACCUGUCCACCAGGAGGAAACAUGAAAAAGCUAAAUAUAGAGAGCCAACCCCCGAUAUAAGUCAGCUACAGCUCGUUCGUCCAUCGGAGUGGCCGUCCAGAACUCCUCUGCCUCCGAUAAGGCCUGGUUUUCGCUAUGCCAGCCCGUCUCCUGAUCAAGAAUCGAACCAGACUGGGCCGGACCAGUCUGCUUCACACAUGGAAACGGAGACCGCUCAUGAAGCUGCUCGCUUACCUGCCAUUGAUGGACCCAGUCCAUCCAUGAUUCCAGAAUCAUCUCGUAGAGACCGCCAUCCUAGUCGUCUCAACACAUCGAAUGAAGACCUUAUCCCCAUUCUACCUCGGAGGGAGCCGGGUCCUCAGGCCAAAUCCGUAUCCGGCCGUUUCUGUAAUCCUCACGAGGUGCUGGUCGAUAUGUACUAUGGUCCAGACAAACAACGGAUUGGCCUCUCCAGACUAUGUGGACUUAAUGCCAUGUCUGCGAAAAACCUUAUCUACGCCAAGGCCGGUCCCUAUAUUGAGGUCUGGUUUCAGCAUCUUUGCACCAUGGAGGAUUAUGAAAUCCUCUGCCAUAAUGCGAUCCGAAAUCGCGUGUUUUGUACUGGGUGGAUUGAGGGAUAUAAUGAUACGGAGCCCAAUGUUUACCGCAUGGCACAAGAACUCGAGCGAAGCAACCUUAUGGCAGUAUUUCCGGGCCAGAAGACAAAGAACGUGUUGAUUGCCUUUCCAUCUAAUUCACCGAGAUUUGCGUCACUUGGAUACAUUCCCAGAGCCCGUCCAGAUACCUUCCUAAAGGUCAUUGUGAGGGCUCCUUUGGAGUCUUUGGGGUCCAUUGAUCGACUUCACUCCAGGUUAGUAGUCGACGACUGGAAAUCAGACUCUCACAGUCCGGAUACUCCAGUAACGGAUUCCCCUCGCCGCAAAGACUUUGAGGGUGAACCCGAUGCAAUAGAGGACAAGGCCGAUUCUUCUUCUAUGUCAAUAUCGCCAGUUAGGCAAGAGCCAGAAUCGAAAGAAGACCAUUCGAUGGAGUUAGCUGAUACCGCGAAGCGAGAGACUUCACAGAAGCCCUUGGAGCUUGACCUGACUGAAGAAAAAGAUUUGCCUGACGAUCCUCAAGCACCAGUCGACCCCAUGGAGAUCGACCAACGACCUAACACCGCUUCAGCGGUAGGCGACCAGCAAUUGAUAUCCGCCCUAGCCACAGCCGAUCUCAAGACCCUAUUUAAAGAUACGUUUGGGGUGUCAUAUGGGGAGCUGGUGAAAGUUAACGCCGCAGAAAAGGUACAAGUUGCAGAAGCGUUCUAUCUCAUGUUCGAUUCCGAGACUCUUCACCAAGAGUUCCUAACCCUCGAAGCAUUUUUGAACGGACACAACCCAGUCAUAUACUCCUCUCGUCAGGAAGGAGACUGGGAGAAGUUCGCACGGACCGUUAGCGUAGGGGUUGUCUUGUUCCACGAGAGCUUUGUUGAUUUUCACACGCUACCCUUUUUCAAGAAUCUCAUCUGCAAGCCAUUCAACUUCUGGAGCGUAUCUCUGAACAAGCCUCUUGAAUACGCCGAGCGGCCCUCACAUUUCCAGCGCAUUUUCCCACAUGGCGGGGUUAUUCUGAUAACGGAAGAUUUCAUGCUUGGGGAGCCAGAUGGAACCAUCAUCAUCCUGGCAUGGUUCAAUGACUGGAUCAAGAAAAAGUUCCCCGGCAACUGGAAGAUCAUGUUUCGCCCCGCAGUCAUGGACUGGCUCCUGAACCUACCAGAACCGGCAGACGAGUCCAAGCACGGAAUAUGGCUCACAAUGUACCGUCUCAUCCUGCAAAUCUGCAGCCCGUCCGCCUACGACACUCCACCUGGUGAGAUCUUGACCGGUGCCACCGACGAAUACUUCGAAAGCAACGCCAUAUCCCCACCCAACCUCCCUAGCUACGGCUCUCGCACCGAAGACGACAAUCCCGACAUCCCCAAAGGGCUGACCCAAGACCAUCGCAACACGGAUCACCUAGUGGAAUUCUUCGCGGGCUGGGGCCUGGUCCAUCGCCACCGGUACCGGCGGUUCGUCGUUCUGACACGACUGAAGCCACUUCCGAGAUGGGAAGCAUGGCAACAUCUCGAGCUCAAAUGGGGCGCGAAAGACUUCAUGAAGACCUUCAAGGUGGAUUACCGACAUUACUGGUCCAAACUGAACUCUUCCUCCUCAACCAGGCCAAGCACACCCGGAGAACCAAAAGCGCAACCCGACCCCUUCACCCCUCAUACACCCCGGGCUUCUGCUCCUACUCCUGCUCCUGCUCCAGUUCCUGCUCCAGGCCUCAGCAAUGAAAUGGAUGGGUCGAGAUAUGGUCGACUGCCUGGUUCCAGCUGGCCUUCGUAUCCAGAACCAUAUCACUGAAUCUACGGGAACAUGUGGUUGAUGAUCUAGUUUUGUAGAAACAAUCAUUUGAUGUGCUUUCGGUAUUGGCGGCAAGAUACUACUAGUCUUUGGCGGCUUAUUUUGGUUUCUGUUUCAAUGCCCAAUGGUGUGGCUCUGUUACAUGGUGUAUAUAUCACUCCUUGUGGGUUACCAGUUACUAUUGUGCCGUACACGAUGAAAAGAAGACCGUAAUAUUGACAAAUGGGACUCGGUAUGUGGAUG